AUGAUCGUUCCUACUUGCUGGAAGCUUGGCACGGCUGCUGCCAUUUUGCUUUCGAGUAUCGGCGUUCAAGCUGUGUACUUUGAUCCGCAGCAAAACGAAUACGACGCUUACUGUAGCGCGCACGCUUCACCCGCGGUUGGUGCGAUCUGUUUCGAUACGAGCUUCGACAUCCGUCAGCAUAUCGUCAGCAGCUCGCCUGAGCUUGUGGGAUUUCUGUCCAAGGACCUCAGGAGCUUCGCUCUGCCGGUAGGCACGUCUGGUAGCACCAUGUAUUUCACAACCCUGUUUCACCGCGUCGAUAUGGUUGCCUUGGACUAUAGGGGAUGGUCGCAGUAUCCCUGCGUGCAGUAUACCAUAUCUUCCACAAAGGGCCGUAAGGAUUCGCGCGUCGGCCACUUUUGCCCUGGAGACCGUCACGUCGUUCUCUAG